CACACAUUUUCCUCAGCAGCGGCACAGUGAGUCAGGCGCACAUCGUUUUCCAAUCCGCAUCUUAAGAAAAUAUUAGUUUUCAAACAAAAAAUCUCAAAGGAUCACUAAAAUAAUGUCAACGAUUGUUAGCCCUUUGUCCAUUGCGGGCACUAGACAGUCUGGAGCUUCUGUGCGCACACAGAAUGUUAUGGCUGCAAGUUCAAUUGCAAACAUUGUCAAAAGCUCUUUGGGGCCCGUUGGCUUGGAUAAAAUGCUGGUUGAUGAUAUUGGAGAUGUCACAGUUACGAACGAUGGAGCAACAAUACUUAAACUAUUAGAGGUCGAACACCCCGCAGCCAAGGUACUUGUUGAGUUGGCGCAACUGCAAGAUGAAGAAGUUGGUGAUGGUACUACCUCCGUAGUUAUUUUGGCUGCAGAGCUGCUGAAGAAUGCCGAUGAGCUGGUGAAACAAAAAAUUCAUCCCACUUCAAUUAUUGCUGGAUACCGUUUGGCAUGUAAAGAAGCUUGCAAAUACAUUUCUGAGCAUUUGACAGCACCUGUUGAUGAUUUGGGUCGGGAUUCCCUUAUUAACAUUGCAAAAACUUCAAUGAGUUCAAAGAUCAUCGGUGCUGAUGCAGAUUUAUUCGCCACAAUGGUAGUAGACGCAGCACAGGCCGUAAAGAUCACUGAUCCAAAAGGCAAUCCAUUAUAUUCCAUUAAAGCCGUGAAUGUAUUGAAGGCUCAUGGCAAGUCAGCGCGCGAAUCAGUGUUAAUACCUGGUUAUGCUCUUAACUGUACAAUUGCCUCACAGCAAAUGCCGAAGAAAAUUGUCAACGCAAAAAUCGCAUGUCUGGACUUCUCCCUGCAAAAGACUAAAAUGAAAAUGGGUGUGCAAGUGCUUAUUAAUGAUCCAGACAAAUUGGAAGGUAUUCGGAAUCGCGAGAUGGAUAUUACAAAGGAACGCAUUAAUAAGAUAUUGUCGACGGGUGUGAAUGUUGUGCUUUGCUCCGGUGGUGUCGAUGACCUGUGCAUGAAGUACUUUGUUGAAGCUGGUGCCAUGGCUGUGCGUCGUGUUAAAAAGGGUGACUUGAAAAUUAUUGCAAAAGCAACUGGCGCCGCUUUUCUUACCUCACUUACCAAUAUGGAAGGAGAAGAAAGCUUCGAACCAUCUAUGGUGGGAGAAGCAGCUGAAGUUGCACAAGAGCGCAUUUGCGACGAUGAACUGAUUUUGAUUAAGGGCACCAAAGCUAGAGCUGCUGCAUCAAUUAUUUUGCGUGGGCCUAAUGAUUUCUAUUGUGACGAGAUGGAACGUUCUAUCCAUGAUGCGCUGUGCGUGGUCAAGCGUGUAUUAGAAAGCAAAAAGGUCGUAGCCGGGGGUGGUUGUGUUGAAGCUGCACUUUCAAUUUAUUUGGAAAAUUUUGCAACAUCAUUGAGCUCCCGCGAACAACUAGCGAUUGCUGAGUUUGCAAAAUCUCUGCUGGUCAUUCCGAAAACUUUAGCGGUAAAUGCCGCUAAAGACGCUACCGAUUUGGUGGCUAAAUUGCGUGCUUACCACAAUUCCAGCCAGACAAAAACGGAACACGUGCAACUCAAGUGGACAGGUCUGGAUUUGAUCGAAGGUGUUGUGCGCGAUAACAAGAAAGCUGGUGUAUUGGAACCGGCAAUGUCGAAAAUAAAGUCACUUAAAUUUGCUACCGAAGCCGCUAUUACCAUUCUGCGUAUCGAUGAUAUGAUUAAACUAAAUCCGGAGGAAAAAGGUGGAAAAAAUUAUGCUGAUGCCUGCGCCGCUGGCGAACUUGAUGGCUAGAUUUCACUCAAUGAGAUUGUAUUUGAACACUGGUAUUUCUUCUAUAUACUUAUUGUCUACACUUUAAUAAUAAGGGCUAAGACCUGUAUCGAUGGUGACCAACGCCGCUUUUAAUACUACACAUUAACAACAGUCAUUCAGUUCUGUUAUAUUUACAAUAAUUUAAUUGAAUAAAUUUUCGACUACAAAACACUAAA